CCUCCAGGGCUCCAUGAAAGGUGGAAACAAUGACACGUGGAUAAAUCCUCUCUCUACGCAAUUUUCCAAAAUGGGAUUACUGAGGGAGCCUUCAGAAGAUGGUGUUGGUAACAAAAUGGACUUAACUGUUGUUGGACUAUCGGACAAAAAGCUGGAAUCUGACAAACGAGGAAUGAACAUGGAUUACAAUGGAAUGAUGAGGAAGGAUCGAUCAGGAUUCCGGCCACCAAAUUCCAAAGACUCGCCCACUGCAGACAGUGGACCCUAUUUUGAGAAGAAUGGCAAUCAUGGUUUAUUUGGUAGUAGCACAGCACAAUCCAGGGGUGUGCAUACACCUCAAGUGCAACCCAUGAAUUCAUCCCAGCCUAACCUUCGGGCUCAAGUGCCUCCACAGUUCCUACCCCCUCCUCAGGUUCCUGCCUCCAUGUUGAAGCAUACCGCUCCGAAUGGUGCCCUGAACCCAGCCCUAUUUAGCCUUGGUCCUCAAUUAUCCCCUCAACAAAUAGCUAUGCUCAGUCAACUCCCGCAACUCCCACAGCUGCAGUUGGCUUAUCAGCUCUUGAUUCAGCAACAACAGCAGCAAGUAUUGCAGAACCAACGAAAGCUCUCUGCGGCUGUCCGACAACAGCAAGAGCAGCAGCUUGCCCGCAUUGUAAGCGCUCUGCAGCAGCAGCAGCAACAACAACAACAACAACACCGACAUAACAAUACCCCUGGGAUGAAACACUCACCGUCACACCCUGGCAUACCCAAGCAACACCUGGAUAAUGUUGUGCCUAAUUCUCUUCCCUCUGGCCUUCCAGACUUCCAGACCAAAGGACAACUUCAGCCGGGUUACCCAAUGGGUCUGGGUUCGAAUAUGAACGUAAGCCAAUUAGACGUCAACAGUAUUGUAGGAAUGAAGGAACCUCAGUCCCAGCAAUCUCGGCUCAAGCAGUGGACAACCAUGGAGGGCCUCUCACCUGCCACUCCACCGCCAGAUCACAACCCCCUCAAAAAUGGUGCUAUUUCGAGCAGCAUGGCACCGCCAAAGUCUCGAGAUAGUUUGCCCUAUUAUGAAAUGAUAACUGGUGACUCUUUGGCCAGCCAUUCGGGUCCUGCAAGUGAUAACUGGUCCACACCUAAGCUCUCAAAUGGUUCCAGCAGCUCCAGUUGGCCUCCAGAAUUCCGCCCUGGGGAACCAUGGAAGGGUUUUCAAAACAUUGACCCUGAAUCAGACCCAUAUGCGACGCCAGCAAGCAUGAUAAACAGCUCUGCAGCACCCCCAUCCCCGGACUCAGAACACCAACUUCUCAGGGACAGGAGCACAGGGUCCAGUUCCUCCCUGAACACCUCGCUGCCUUCACCUGGUGCCUGGUCCUAUAGUGCCUCAAACAGCUCCUACAGCACCGUGCAGAGCACUUCAGCCAAGUUCAAUGACUUCAAGUCGACGUGGUCUCCAGAUCCAAUCGGACAUCCCAGGAUGUGGAAGAAUCAGAUGUCAUCUAAAAACACUAACCCGCCAACCCGGCCACCACCAGGACUGACCAAUCAGAAGCCCCCAUCAUCUCUAUGGGGCAGUGGUGCACCCCGAUUCAGCAGAGGGUGGGGUGUGCAGGACUCACGAUAUGCCCUGAGUUCGAACUGGGGUGAUGGCAGUUCGGGUGGGUCUGUUCGGGUCAGCUCCUGGCUUGUUCUUCAUAAUCUCACUCCACAGAUCGAUGGCUCCACCCUGCGAACAAUCUGCAUGCAGCAUGGCCCGCUGAUAACAUUCCACCUGAACCUGACACACGGCACUGCACUGGUCCGAUACAGCACCAAGCAAGAGGCUAUCAAGGCCCAGACUGCGCUGCACAUGUGUGUGUUGGGGAACACUACCAUCCUUGCUGAGUUUGUCAGUGAAGAGGAAGUCAACCGCUAUUUUGCACAAGGUCAGUUAUCAACACCAUCCCCAGGCUGGCAGACACUGGAGACAGGACAGAGCCAGAUGGAUCCAGUCGGGAGCAGCCUUCACUCGUUUGGUGGGCGGUCUGGCCUGGGACAGUGGAACAGUGCCGGAGGAGUGGGCAGAGGUAGCGGGAACCUGGCGGGAGCCUCACUUUGGGCAACCCCAAGUUACACGGCAAGCUUGUGGGGAGCCCCAAAUUCUGAUGAUUCGCACCGAAUGGGCAGUCCGGCCCCCCUACUACCUGGUGACCUCCUGGGCGGAGGGGCUGAUUCAAUUUGAACUUCUAAGCUUUCAACCUUUGACCUGUGACCUCGUGAACUUUUUUGAACAGCAGCACUAAUGUGUUUUUUUUCAAACUGCAAUAAGUUUCAAAACAAGUUUAAAAAAAGGAGAAAAAAAGAAAAAAGUGAAACAAAUUAAGGGGGUCAUCCACAGUCUCUUUUGUGCACAUAGACACCUCCCUCCUAAUUUUCGGCUACUUUUUUUUAAUCAAAAAAAACAAAAAACAAAAAAAAAAACAAAAAACAUAUCACACUUCGAAAUACUUGAAUCAUGAACGCCAACAUUAAAAAUGUGAAGUACACUUUACCAUCAAAAAUAAAUAAGUUUUUUUUUAAAUAGUAGUAUAGUUUUUCCUUACAUGAUUCUUUUCCCCCCCUCCGUAUUGAGAAGUUGUUGCAACAGGACAUUUACUGAAUACACAACAGGCUUUUUAAAAACUUUUUUUUUUGCACUGGGCACGUUUCCGUCCUUAACACGCAAUAGCGGAGACGCGACAGAACCUCACGUAUUAAAGCUAGUGAUUGACCAGGACAGAUACUGAACCUAGUGGUUGCUUAUGUACAUGUUAUAGGAGAUUAUUAUGCACCAGUACCAGCCAUGUACCCUUAAAACACCAUAUGCACCUGCCUUUCACUAGGCAUUGUAUGUAUCAACGUCACGCUUCAUGUGGCGGAAGAGGAAUCUUAGCACAAAAUACUCCAACUGCUUCCUAAUACAUUAAGGCACAACUAGAGGUAAUACUAAAUUUCAUAGACCAGAGUGUGGUUCAGGUUUGAUUUCUGACCUGUGCUAAUUUAUUUUAUCUUGGCCAUAAAAGGCAGCAGUGGUGUAAGGGUUACUAUUGAUCUUAAUAUCCCUAUCCCACUCCUAACCCCACCUCCCUUCUCAAAGCUUGGCAGGAGGGAUGGUAAAGAAAUUUGUCCAAGGUUCCCAGUUGUGAUUGCUAUCCAAUAACCCUUGUCAGGGGUUUGUACAUACUAGCUGUUGGGUGGAGGCAGGGUUGGGCUCAAUUGAAAUGCCCACUGUGGUUGAAUAUCCUGCCAACACACAAUAUCUAGGGUCCUGGAUGAAUAGUAGCUGUUUGGGAGAGAUAACAGAGGGCUGCUAAAGCAACACCUCAAGACAAUGUCUUCAGUAGGGGUGGGGGGGGGAGAAAAAGCUUUUCAGCAUUAAGUCUAUCUUCCAGUAGAUGAGCGGAGAGCUGUAUUUACAUCAGAGCUGCUUCUCUUCAGUUUAAGGCUUUGGGCUGAAUUUGUGUUAUCGCUCCACUGAAAUUUGCUGUCUUUACUGCAAAGCGAUACUGUUCUACUUCUCUCCUUCAUUGCCUCCCUCAUCCAUAAGUUGUCUUAACUAAUUUCAGCUUAUAAUGAAGAUGCUCCCAGCCCUUCACUGCAGUGCUACUUAUUUUGCGCUCUAUUCAAGGUCUGCUUAUUGUAUUUUUCAAUAGUAAAUUUUAACACAUCCUGUUAUAUCACAGCACAACCCUAAAACAUGCAGUGAUGAUGUUGCCACACUUGAUGGUUUCAUCUCAUCACUAUCACUGCAGCUAACUGAUCUUGUGCUGUCAAUAUUUUAUCACACGCUAUUAUUUAGCAUCGCAAUAGUAUUCUUCUUUCCUUAAGUGGGCAAUGUGCUGCCCUCAAACUGCUACACUCAAAUGACAUAAGCACUUAAAGUAGGUUAGAAAAAUUAGUGUAAAAGUUUUCAAGUUAAAUUUACAUGUUGCACUCAGUUCCAAAGUGUUGGGGGGGACUUACAUUGUGUACUGUAACAAGCUUUAUCAUUUUGUAAACUGGGUGUUCAUGGUGGGCCAGUCGUUUCCCCACCUGCACCCCCUUGAGGUAUUCAAAACACUUAGCUAAUCCAAUGAAGGUGUUGCCGUAAUGUAAUAAAAAUAACUCCUAUGGAUAUAGUCCUCCCUCCUUUUUGUAUAUGUUUUUGUGUUUUUUAAAUUUUUGAGAUGUAGCUAUCCAGUUGGCUUGGCUGGCUUGAGCCUUCCUACGUUCACCUGUACUGCCUGUAAAUUGACACUUUCACAAAAUGGCUUGUAGCUUCCCACAAACUCUCACUGGCGCAAGUCUGCAAUACUGGUUUACAGCCAGCUGUUUACAUCCCAGUCUCUGGCAUCUCCACUCUUUAAAAAGAGCUUCUCUGUAACUGCACAGGGAUUUUGGAGUCAAAGGAAGCUCUGGGAACGACCUUGCUUUACAGCUUAUAAUGACCCUUGCUGCAUGUAACUCAUUCCUUUCAGUGAAAUCAUCAUUUUGUUUCUGUUAUUAAAGUCCAUCUGUAAUAGCCAGUUUGUGGCCAUUCUGGUAUACUUGCUGAUCUAAAGUAUGCAAGCAUUUUUUUUCUAUAAAACUGUUGGGUAAGAUUAUACCAGAAUUUGUAGGAGUAGCUUUAACAUAUUGUUUACACCAUAUGUAAGAACAUGUCUGCAUCUGUGUGAAGGGCCAUGAUACACAGGGCUCCAGACAGAUCUGGUGUGACUAACAUCGAACAAAAGGUCCAAUUUAAAAUAUAAAGCAAAGAUGUUGAAAGUGGAUUUCUUUAAAAUGGUAAAGUCAGGUGCAUAUUAUGAAAGGGUAUGUGCGUCUGUCUCCUGUGAAUUGCUCCAUUAGUAACUUUAUCAUUGACCUAGCCUACUGGUGACCUUGUUGAUUGUGUGAGGCUACACUGAAAUUAAUCACUUGAUCAGUUGAAUUGUGUGUACAAAGACACUGGGGACUGACACACACCCUUUAUACUUGCACACAUGUUUACACACUUGCUGAGUCAGACAAUGCGCACCUCAAUGGGUAGCAGACUGUUCACAGUCCUGCUGCUGCACAGGCUGGUACUGGGUCCCAAUUAUUAGAUAAUUGCUCAACACAAAGAAGAGGGACAGUACCUUUGUUCACUGGUCGAUCACUAUAUGAAAGAUUAUAAACGUUUACUUACACGUUUUUCAGAUUUAAAAAGUGUGUUUUCCUUCUUUUUCCCCCUCGUUUUAAACCCACUUGGGUGAAGAUUAGUGAGAAAAUCAUUUACUUGUUUAGGAAGCUAUAUGAAAAAAAUUGUUAAUGCUGUUCUAAGUAUUGCACCUUUUGUGGUUUAAUUUUUAAAAUUGUCCUCACUGUUUUGCUAUAGGUGUUGAAUUUUUGUCAGAGCAGUGUAGUAUGGCUUUGGGAUGGAGGAGUGGGAAUUGAGGGAAUGUGGACAUGGAAAAUAAGCAAUGACGUACGUUGAGAGGAAGGAGUAGGAGAUUUGACAUCUUUCUUCAUUAGUCUUUAACUGCUGAAGAGAUUGGAUUUGGAACCACGUCGGUGUCACAUUUGUUAAGUGACCAGAAGUGGCUGCAAUUAGAAGUUGCUGCUUUAAUCGUGUUCUGGAUUGUAUUCAGUUAUCCAACCAGUUGGAAUCUUCACGUUUCCCCUGUUCACCCAGACUUGCGGUCAUUUUGCAUUUGCCACACGCCCGCUCCCCUCUCCCCGCACACGCACACACACACACACCUCCCUAGUCUUGCUCACGUGUGUACAUGCACACCAGCCCAUACACUUGUUCACUCCGUGCUUGGUCUUCUUCCAGCACUUUGUGGAGUUAAAUAAUCUUAAACAUUAGGGAGAUGCCCAAGUGUUUGGCCUUGACCUGUUUACAUAACCUUUAGGACUGUGUCGAGAAUUAUUGAGUACAAUACUUUGAAGAAUUUUGCAUUUUUAAAACAGAUAAUUAGUUUCAGAUUGAACAGAUUGGUAACAAUUGAGUUUGGUGGAAAAGGGAUAUACUCUAUUUUAGUGUUGAGUGCUGCAUCUGACCCAGCUGCCCAGACCCUGUCCAGUAGGGGAGUCAGUGGACACAUGGUAAUAAUGGUCAUCAAAAGCUGCAAAUUGUUUUUGCUCUGAUUGUUGAUUGAGGCAGUGUUUGUAUUGACUAAUCUAAAAUGAGGUGGAUUAGGAAGGGAAUUUGCUCACUAUCCAUCGCACUUUGUUCACAUGUUGUCUGGAGAAGUUAAACUUGUAGAAGCCACGCGAUUCAAGAGAACUGUACUGAUAUCUGAUUUUUUUAUAAAACAAAGUCUUGAUUCCAAAUAUUGUUGGCACAGUCCUAUAAAUUCUUUUUCCAAGGCAUAGAAAAGUCAGAAAUCAAAAAAAGUUGAACCGUUCUUCCAUCAAAACAGGAUUAAAAAGACCAAAAAUAUGUGUUUUAUAUUUUUAGAUGAGUAACUCUGGGAGCAUUUGACAGUGUUUUGUUUUUAAUUUAGUUAGCAUUUUUAUUUUGUUCUGCUUCUAUAAUCUUUUUCCUCCUAAAAUUUAAAGUUCUCAGGAAUUUUUAGGGGAAAAGCCAGUUCCCGAAAUGUUUUUUUUUAAAUAAAGAGGGAAUAAAAAGCUAAUGUCCGACUUUGAGAUUUAGAUUUUUCAGUCUGUUUGUUGCACCAGUUCCAAUUCUGUCUAAUAACUAGAAAUCUACUUAAAUGGUAAUACCUCAUUGCAGUCCUGUAAGAAUAUUUGGGUUAUGAGCAGUAUGCUUCCACAAAAAGUUAUGUAUUCUGCCUGAUCUGGCAAAAGUAAUUCUUGUCAUGCGGUAGGGUGGGAUGUGGCAGAACUGGGGUGUUGACCUAAUACGAUAUUUAUUGUCCUACCAUUUCUUUCUCAACAUGCCAAGGUUCAUUUGCUAACUUGACAAUUUUGUUAAAGUAUUGGACUCUGGUUGAGUGUAAACGUCCGCUCGAGGCUGCUUGCAUCAAUUGCUUUCUUGUCUGAAUCUUCAGGCAAGCUGGUUAUGAACCACUCUGGGUUUGGGACCAGACAGCAGGGCAUUCAGUGUUCUAUGCAUACAUACACAGGUCCAUAUCAAGCUUCCGAGGAAAAUGGCUAAGAAGUGUUAUUUUCAGGCAUAAUAUUAAUGAAAGUAAGCAGGACAAUUCUAAAAUAAGCACAAUGUUUUUCUCAUCUAUCCCAUUCCCCUCAACGGUUUGAUUCGUUCCAUCUUGACAGGGCCAUUUCCUAUGAUAUUCACAGGAUUUGGUCAAAAGAGCUCAAAGUAGUUUUUCAGGCUGUUUAGUCACUUUUUUUUUUCCAUGCCUGCAGUGUUUUAGAAAGGUGGGACUUCAGAGAGUUUAGUGGGAGGGUUGUUAGUUCUGAUUUGUGGGCCUCGACUCUGUUGUGCUGUUGCUGCUGCUUUAUUUACUGCCACUGGUUAAUGUUGAAUCGCACCAACUAAGACAGGGCCUUUCAGCAGCUGAGUUCUGGGACUUUCCACAAAUGCCUGUAAUUCUCCUAAUAUUUCACUUUGGUCCAAAACUCUUGUUUGGCAAAUGCAGAAGUAGGAGCCAACCUAGAGUCCUCCUUCACUGUGGGAAUUUAAAGAAAAUAUACAGAUGUAUUGUGCAGUAAUUUUAUGCCACUUUGCAGAAUAGCAACAUCUGUUCAGGAUAUCCCCUUAACUUCAUGAACGAUGUCUGGGAAGUACCUCCCUCAAUUAUUUGAAUCUUCUGUUGCAAAGAUUUUAUUUACUUAAAAUAAAAUUAGUUCUUACGAAUUGAUAAGUAUCAUUAAAUAGUUGGUAUAAUGGACAUCUGGUGUGAGGAAGUGUGGUGCGAGGUGAGCGGUGUUCCUGACUGGGUGCAAGUCUCUUUGGCAGUCUCUAGUGGGAAAUAAGUAAUUGUGUUUUAAAGCCAUCUUGAAUUAAUGCAACACUAACCAUUGGUUAUGCUUGUAGUGUACUGGAGUUUGACCAUAUGAAUUGCUGUACCCCUUGUGCACAGAUUUUACCAACUGUAGUAGGUUUGAAUCCUGUUGAUAACCAUAGUGAUCUUGCAGAUAUGUCCAGUACCAGUCCCAGGAGAAACAAGAUUUACAGCUAUACAAAGCAUCUUAAGAUGGGGUAAUCAAAUUGUUUGAACAAACAUAUGCUGGUGGUCUAUGUGUGGUUUGUGGGAGCCAGGCAGAGGUCCAUUUUGUUAAAGAAAGAUUAAGAAAGCAUGUAAGGGCUGGAAAUCACUUGGGAAAGAAGGUAUGACAAAAAUUCAGGUGAUCCAUUGGCAACUUGAAAGAGAGGUGAAUAUUUCAAUAUUUCAGAAACUAAAAAUGCAUCAUUUUUUUCAAAUAUAAACUAAAUUCGAAAUCUGCUACACAUUUCCAGGCUUCUUUUUAUCCUAUUUAUGCUCUUUGCAAGAAUCCUGUAAAUUCUUUUGUAUUCUGGUAAUUUUUUCUGUAGCUUAACCUCAUUCUUGAGUUGUGCUGAAUCCCAGAUUGAUUGCAUGUGUUUGGGAAUGGAGGAGAAAUCCCACCAUUUCAUCAAGAAAAUUGCUUCAAUCUAUGCAGACCACUGCGCCGUGACCCUGGAAUACUGGUUACUGACAGGUGCAUUAAAAAUGGGGUAUGAGGGGUGUUUUUUUUUCCAAAUCUGAUACCUGUAACCUCAGCUCAUAGAACCUUAAGCAAUGACCAUGUUUAUUGGAAGAUGAGAGAUAUCCGACUGUUAGAAAAUGAGACACAAUGAGCUUCUUGCCUUUCUCAGAUCUUUGAAUGUGGAAGAACCUCCAGGACACAAGGGCCAUGGGAGAAAUUCAGGAGUGGAAAAAUCCAGUGUGAUGUCUCCAUAAGAAAUUGAAGUACAUCAUAAAUUUGGCUUGUAUCACAGUAAUUAGCUUUUCAACAGAGUGUAGCACCCAUAUUUACAAUGUAGCUAUCAUCUUGCCCUAUUUUAAAGUUAUUUUCUACUUUGCAAACCUGUUUUAUUUUCUAAUGUGGCUUUGCUUUACAGUUUCCAUCAAAUUUUAUUUUUUAUGUUUGAAUGCAAUUCUCUUGUUCUUCGUCCCAUGAUUCACUUUUUGCCCUCCUUUGGUGUCCCAGCUCCUCUGUUACCAUCCUGACACUGGUGCAGUAACUUUCUCACUGGGGCUUUGUAUCUGACUUUAAUAAGAAACAACUAAAGUCCAAAAUUACACACACUUGAUUGCUGAGCACUUUUUGGGCAGAUCUUUUGCUGCAAGCUUUCCAUUUCCCCGAAAGUAGGUAAUAAAAAAUAAAUGCUAAUUCUGCAUCACUGAUUUAAAUGUCCCAACUUUUCAAAUGAUCCCAAUGCAUGUUACUGACUGACUUUAAAGGGUCCUUGGACCCUCAUUCACCUUGCAUUUGACUUCCCUUGGAGACCCAUAAACUUUGAAUUGGACCAAUUUAAAAUAUAGGUGUGCCUUCAAACGGCAUUCAGCACCUUAGUUUCUUGUUUUUGUCUUAUCGAUCCGGCAGAUUAUAUUCCCUGAACUGCAUUUUGAUAAAGUACAGUUUUAGCAUUUUCCUUUUUAUGUCGUAUUUAUUGAUUAUUAAAUGGUGUAGGGCCACAAUGCAAGCAUUCACAAGUUGUAUUUAUUUCCCAUUUAAAGAAGGUAGUUUUGCUGCCUUGAUAUCAAAUAACAGUACUGUUGGUGGAGGGGUUAGGUCCCUAAAUGGAGUUGAGUCCCAUUCCAAUCUCUAAAAUAAAAAGAGGAGGGCUCCAAAAGCACUCUGGCAGUUGACUGGUCAUGAUUCAUCGUUUCUGUUUGCAUAGGCUGUUGGGAUGGCAUUGACUGGAAUGUGGAAGUAACUGGCAAGGAGAAUGUUACUCAGAGAGCCAAUGUUAUGAACUGCAUGGUUACCAUCCUGGUAGGCACCUGGGCUGUGCCAAGCCUUAGAGGUGAAUGCAAUGUGCUGCUGUGAGUUUGAUUGCACAGUUAAUAAGUAUUUCAGUUAAUGUGUGUGCACUUUUGUAAUGGGUUGUAGUGUCAAUUGUAUCUAUAGCUUUUAGAUUGGUUGGUUCCUUUUUAAUGUGUGUUGGGGAGGGAGAAAGAGAGAAAGCUCAAGAUCUAACUAAGUUAGAGUAUUUGAAGUUUUAUUGGGGAUCAGAUACCGCAUCUUUCUAAUGGGAACAGUGCCAUAGUGCAGCCUGAUUCCUUGGUUUGUUUCUGACUUUGACCAUUUUGGAUUUUCAAAGAAAUUGCACUUUGGUAGAUUUGUAAUGAGAAUUUCUGCCUUUUGAACAAGUGUAUGUCUUACGAAAAUGAAUCAGUAGUUGUGACUGAGAAUUGUUGAUUGGUUGCUAACCUGCUAAAGACAAUUAUCCAGGUCAUAGCUGUGUCCUGUCAGAAUAUUUUUCUCAGAAUGAGGUAUAUUCAUUGUUAGUUUACUUUUUGACAAACAAAACACAAAUGAGAAUUUUGAUAACAUUGUUGGAGUUGUGUGGAAAGUUGUUUUAAAAAAAAACGUUGCCAUCUGCCUUGACUGUCCUUCAGCUCCCCUUCCCAAGAACAUCUUUUAAUGUAUCAGCAUCUGAGGGCCUAAUAGCCACGCCUUCAUUGAACAAUCUCCCUUUUUCAGAGUCAACAAUUAGCUUUGCUUUGGAAUUUUCUUUUAAAGCAGUAUCGUUUUCUAAAAACAAAACUUUAAAUUUCAUUGAUCUACAAGUGUAUUAUAUUGCACAAUGUCUUUAGUGUAUAUUAAGGAAGAGUUUUUUUGUGUUAAGUAUUAAGGAUUUUAUUAAAGCAGAGAGGUGACUCAAACUUGUAAAAAAAAAAUUCCGUUUUAAUUGCAUGUGAUGUGUACCUUGCUCCUUGCAAUUUCACUUUUUCCCAUUGUGACAGUUUAAACUGUCAAUUGUAGGAUGGGUGCUUGUUGUACUUUUGAGUUGGUAUUUGUCUUUCUCUCUGACUUGGAUCACGCCUGAGAGAAGGACUGUUGUAAAAUUGUUUUUUGUAAAGUUUUUGUCUGAUGUAUCUUUUAAGUUCACCAGCUCAGCACCAAAUAUAGAAAAUGAAAUUCCUCUGUGUGUAUGUAUGUGUGUGUGUGUGAUGCGUGCCCACGCAUGCAGUUUCAAUUCUGUUGUUAACCCAUGUUAAAUUGGGUUAACUUUGGUUAUGAGUGUGUGUUAUUUUGACAAUGUGCUGACAAUAGUGUGCGAGGACCUUCAGCCUCUCCAUCUGCGACUGUUUGUGCCACCCCGAAGAUGUAGCGGUCUGUUCCCAUACUUUGUUUCCUCUUCUCUCUGCUUCACUGCGUCAUAGUACCUUUUUUUGUUUACAUGAUAUUUGGAUUGAUUUAAGACCGGUUGAUCUGAUGAAGUCACCCUUGCCUCAUCCUCCCCUGCCCCAGUCUUCUCUUGCCCCACCGACACCAGUCUUGCCUCUCUCUUGCACGUUAAUUUUGUGUACGAAAUGGGCUGUAUCUUGCAUGACCCAUUGCGUUGUUCUGUGUUGUACAUAGAGGCAUUAAAAAAAGCAUUGUGGAUGCUGGGGGGGAGGGGAGGCAUGAGGGAGGAGGUUGAAUUACACUGUUUACACUUGCCUGAUUCAAUUGCUGUGACUCGCAGAGUGAUUUUUAAAAAAAUAUGUUGCUGCACCAUGAUGACAUUUAACAAAAACACUUCUUUGUUGGAGUUUACAGGGUGUUUGUUACCAUGGAACAUUUGUUGCCUCAUAAACUGGGAUAAAAGAUUAUCAAUGAAACUGGACUAUAUGGCGGGGAGUUAAGUAGGCUCCCUCCCCUCUAAGUGAAAGUUGCAGAAUGGUCUUGCCUGGGAUUCCCACCUUAGUUGGAUAUUGGUGCAGCAGUCACACACAGUGCAGUAAGGAGGCAGCAUAUCAGAACUGCUCAGGAGAAGUUGAAUUUUUUUUCAGUUGCAGUCAGUUCAGAUAAGUGACCUGUAUAUAAACCUUUACAAUGUUAUCACUCGUCUAGGGUAGAAUUUGGCAACCGAGAAGGAAAAGAAGAUUUUAAAAAAACUUAUUCUGAAAGUACUGUGAAUUAUAUAUAUAUAUAUAUAUAUAUAUAUAUGUGUGUGUGUAUAUAUAUAUAUAAAAAACUUAAGUUCUGUGGUUCCAAGGAUUUCUCGAAUUCAGUUUUUAUAAAUGAAUCCUAAUGUUAUAUGAUAAGCAAUUUAGAACAUUUGCAGAGGAUUUUGCUGAUAUGUCUUACAUUAAGCAUGUGCGUAUUUUGAUAGGUUUUGAAGAAAAAAAAUAUAUGGAACUAGGUGUUCAGGAUAAUUGGUCUGUUUGUUAUUUGGAUAUCUGACUUCCUACCGUGCCUGCCCCGGUACCAGUUCAGUAUUGGUGCUAUCAGAUUGUCGCUUCUUGUAUUGUUAAAUUUUGGCAUGGCAAACCUGUAGCACACAGUGGGAUGCCUGGCUCCCCAGGCAGGGUGGCAGUGACUUUGAAACUGCCAAUGGCCUCAACUGAUCUGUCAGUGCUGGGUGAGAAGUUCUCAAAUCAUUUUGAGCCAGUCCACACAAUGGGUUGCCAUGGGUAACUCAAUAAUCCAUCUUUGUGGGGAGGGGGGGGGGGCGGGGGGGGGGGUUUUGGUGCUGGGGUUUGGUAGGAGUGAAGGAUGAACUGGAUGCCAUUUGCUGUUCUGUGAACACACCUGCCCUGCCUGGCACAGUGGUUGACAGGGCUUUGUGCAAAAAUAUCUUGUCGUACAAACAGCUUUUCCUCUGGGUUGAAGGUAGGUUUUGUGAUGGUGUGUAAUUUUGCAGGGAAAUGGGUGUGAAAGAUUUCGGAAGGAAAGAUUUUUAUAUAUAUAUAUAUAUAUAUAUAUGUGUGUGUGAUUUAUAUAUGUAUGUAUAAAAUGCACUGUUGUCACUAGGAUUACUUAGCGUAUUGGUGCCAAUACACUAUAGGAAAACUAAAUUGUACUUAAGCAAAUACACUUUAUGAUGCUCUUAAUUCAUCACUUAAAAUUGCUCCCAUCACUAUCAGCAUUGAUCAGGAAUAGCAAAUACUAAAUGUCACCCCAGUAUUAUACAAAUCUGGUUGUAUGAACACUGUUCUACAUUUGGAAAGGCAGAAUCUAGAAUUGUACAGCUAGAUGUUGCUUUCACAGUUCGAGUGGCCAAGGUUUACUGCAAUCCCAGUGACAACGCAAUAAUCUAUAAAUAAAUUAUAACAAUAGGGGAAAAGAGAGACAAGACUAGCAUGCAUUGAAGAAAAUGAAUGUAUUUCAUCAUUUAAAACAAAAAAUGACCUGCAAAAAUUUGUUUAAAAGGAUACUGACUUUUUAACCACAGCUGGAGGGGGGGGGGGGGGGGGGGAGGUGGGGAGAGAAGAACAUCCCAUUAGUGGGAGCCAUUGCCUUUUAAUUAGAAAAAAAGAAAAUCUGAGAACUAUGCAUUCUGUAACCAGGAUAGGUACUUAAUAAGAAAGAAAAAACAAAAUCACUGGUUCAUUAACAAAUUGUGUUGCUCUAUGUAGUUUGUACAAAUAAGCUGGAGAGUUUCCAUUUCUUGGUAUGGCCAUAGCUGGUACUGUAUCCCCAUCGCUGGAAUAAUAAGGGUGAAUUUCUUUUAUAUAUCAGAGCAAGAUAUUAAAGUCUGUCAUUUCAUUGAAACUGAAAAACAAAAAGUUGUUCUAAUAGGUAUAUAUAUAAAGAAUUUUGAAAUUUGCUUUUAUCCGUGGUUUGUUUUAAAGAUGUGAUUGUAAUUGUGCAACACAGUUGCUUCAGUGGACUACAUAAUUUUUCUUGAGAAAAAAAAAAGAAUAAACAUGUUGUGUUUGGCUGCUAAGCAUUAA